AUGGAAGCUUCCCACUCGCAGCAGCAAUUUAAUGCCACUUCAUAUGAUAUCGCCAUUACGCUCGUCAUCACACUUCAGGCUUUUGCUGGCAUGUGGAUCAAUGCUUUCAUUGUGGCUGUGUCUUGCCUUACCUGGGUUAAAAAGAAAAGCUUUAACUCCAGUGAGAAGAUCUUGCUGUUUCUGGGAUGUUCCAGGUUUUGGUUUUUGUGUGUGACAUGGGCAUAUACCAUUACUUCCAUGAUUUUUCACUGGCAAACUUAUAUCAGCGGGGUGACCCCAAUAUUUUCACCUCUUCUGUGUAUUUCAAAUACUUCCAACUUGUGGUCUUCUGCCUGCCUGUAUGUUUUUUAUUGUGUAAAAAUUGCAAACUUCAGACACAUCUUCUUCAUCUACCUGAAAGUAAAAAUUGACAGGAUUGUGCCAUGGCUGCUCUUGGGUUCAGUGGUUUUGUCCCUGGUCAUGUGUGGCCCCAUCAUAAACAUUACUGAUGAACUAAGGGGUAGCAACCUCAGUUCCAGCUCCCCUGGAUAUGCCACAAAAGUGAAUGAGCAAAUAAGCAAACAAUAUUCCCCUGUUUUGUAUAUCUGCAGCUUUGGCUUUUCCAUAGCAUUCAUGAUAGUCAUCUUCUCUGCCUUUCUCCUCCUCUUUUCUCUCUGGAGACACAAGCACAAGAUGCAGACAAGCUCAGCAAAGGACCUCAGCAUGGAUGCCCACAUCAAAGCCAUGAAAUCUGUGCUAUACUUCUUCAUCAUCUACGGCAUCAACUUCAUAUGUUUGAUCUUGACAAUGAUUUAUCCCAGUUGGGAGAAAAAUCCUAUGACGUUUCUCUAUUUAGUACUCCAGUAUGCUUUUCCCUCUGUUCAUUCCCUUAUCCUGAUUUUCAGCAGCCCCAAACUGGAAAAGAUAGUGCUGAGGAUUCUGCCCUGUGUGAAGCGCAAGCUUUGCAUGUGCUAGGAAGUAUAAUAAGGGAUGGAGCCCGGGAAA